AUGUUUCAAUAUCACCGUCUCGGAGCUAUUCUCAACCCUCAAAUCCCAAAAUGUUACCUUCUUCACCGAACCCAUUCUCUCAAACCAUUCUCCACCACCACCACCACUUCAGAUUCAAAUCAGCAAUCUUUCACUGUUACAUACCUCACCAACACUUGCGGUUUAUCACCACAAAAAGCUCUUAUAGCAUCAAAACAAUUUCGUUUCAACACCCCCAAAAAACCCGAUUCAGUUAUCACCUUUUUCAAAACCCAAGGUUUCUCCAAUGAUCAGAUACAAUCCAUCAUUCACAAAGCACCAAUGCUCUUAACAUUCGACCCCAUCAAAACCAUUUUGCCAAAGUUUCAAUUUUUAUCCACCAAAGGUGCUUCUUCAUCUGACAUUGUUGAAACCGUCACCAGAGCCCCCAAUUUCCUCCGUGCAAGCCUUGACAAACAAUUAAUCCCGGCUUUUGAAUUGGUAAGAAGAUUCUGUCCCUCUGAUAAAAAAGCUCUUACUUCAAUAAUUGCUUGUCCUACUUCUAUUAGUGAUAUUCGUAUGAAACCAAAUAUUAAAGUUUUACUUGAUUUUGGGGCCACUCCUUCAAGCAUUUACCGUUUGCUUACUACCAGACCUUCUAUAAUUUGUUCUUCUGAUUUGAGGAAUGUUUUGGAGGAAAUUAAGGAAUUAGGGUUUCAUCCUUCAUCAUACAAGUUUUGUAUGGCAUUAUUGGCCAAAAAGGCUAUCACCAAAUCACAAUGGGAUGCUAAAGUUGAUGUCUUGAAGAGUUGGGGUUAUUCUGAAGAUGAAAUUUUUAAUGCUUUUAAAAAACAGCCUAACAUUAUGCUACGGUCUACGGACAAAUUGAAUGCGGUGAUGCAUUUUUGGAUCAAACAGCUUGGUUGGGAUCCUUUAUUGCUCCUGUCAGCUCCUGAUCUUUUUGGAUUUAGUAUAGAGAAAAGGUUUAUUCCGAGGGCUUCUGUUGUCCAGUAUCUUCUUUCAAAAGGUUUGAUGAAGAAGGAUGCCAGCUUAAUAUCACCAUUUUAUUUGACUGAUGAGGUGUUCCGGCAAAGGUAUAUGGAUCGUUUUGAGGAGGAUGCCUAUAGGCUAAUAAAGCUAUAUAAGGGGGAGGAUUCUAGCAUCCGUUGUCUAGAUAAGUUGUGA